GAAGUCAUCGUUUUCCAUUUUUGCUUUAAUAAGCACCUCACCUCGGUGGCUCUCUCUCACUCCGCUCGCGAGUUCUCAGGUAAACUUAAAAACGAUUUCGUCUACCAUUUCAUUUGCAUCGAAUCUGAUCGGCUAGUGGAUUCAAGAACAAGAAGAAGAUGUGGCGCUGCGUCUCUCGUAGCCUUCGUGUUCCUUCCUCAAGGACCUCGCUCUCUGGAUCUCGCUUUUCCAGAUUCCUCUCCACCGGUUCCCAGACAGGUGAUUACACGAUAGUGGAUCACACCUAUGAUGCGGUGGUUGUGGGAGCUGGUGGUGCUGGGCUUAGGGCGGCCAUUGGAUUAUCUGAGCAUGGAUUCAACACCGCUUGCAUCACCAAGCUCUUCCCCACACGGUCACAUACCGUCGCUGCUCAGGGUGGUAUUAAUGCUGCACUGGGAAACAUGUCUGAAGAUGACUGGAGAUGGCAUAUGUAUGAUACUGUCAAAGGAAGUGACUGGCUUGGUGAUCAAGAUGCCAUUCAGUAUAUGUGUAGAGAGGCACCAAAAGCAGUGAUUGAACUUGAGAAUUAUGGUCUUCCCUUUUCUCGUACUGAAGAGGGUAAAAUUUACCAGCGUGCGUUUGGUGGCCAGAGUCUUGACUUUGGCAAAGGUGGUCAGGCCUACCGUUGUGCUUGUGCUGCGGAUCGGACUGGGCAUGCUCUCUUGCAUACCUUAUAUGGACAAGCUAUGAAGCAUAACACACAGUUCUUUGUUGAAUACUUCGCUCUGGAUUUGCUCAUGGCUAGUGAUGGCACUUGCCAGGGAGUAAUUGCACUAAACAUGGAAGAUGGAACAUUGCAUCGUUUCCGCUCUGCACAAACAAUCUUGGCCACUGGGGGUUACGGCAGAGCAUACUUCUCUGCAACCUCAGCACAUACAUGCACAGGAGAUGGCAAUGCCAUGGUUGCACGUGCUGGUCUUCCACUCCAGGACUUGGAGUUUGUUCAGUUCCAUCCAACUGGUAUUUAUGGAGCCGGAUGUCUCAUCACUGAAGGAUCCCGAGGUGAAGGUGGUAUCCUUAGAAACAGUGAAGGUGAACGUUUUAUGGAACGAUAUGCUCCUACAGCCAAGGAUCUUGCAUCAAGAGAUGUUGUCUCUAGAUCUAUGACUAUGGAAAUUAGGGAAGGUCGUGGUGUAGGACCGCAUAAGGAUCAUAUCUAUCUCCAUUUGAACCAUCUCCCACCAGAAGUUCUAAAAGAAAGGCUUCCUGGAAUAUCUGAGACCGCUGCAAUCUUCGCUGGUGUUGAUGUUACCAAAGAGCCAAUCCCAGUCUUGCCUACUGUGCACUAUAACAUGGGUGGUAUCCCAACAAAUUACCACGGCGAGGUAGUGACCAUCAAAGGAGAUGAUCCAGAUGCAGUGGUUCCAGGGCUUAUGGCUGCUGGGGAGGCAGCUUGUGCAUCUGUUCACGGUGCCAACAGGCUUGGUGCAAAUUCUCUCCUCGACAUUGUUGUGUUUGGCCGUGCUUGUGCGAAUAGGGUAGCAGAGAUAAGCAAACCAGGGGAGAAACAGAGGCCUCUGGAGGAGAAUGCAGGCAAGAAGACGAUAGAAUGGCUGAACAAGUUAAGACACUCAAGCGGGUCGCUUCCUACAUCAAGUAUCAGAUUGAACAUGCAGAGGAUUAUGCAGAACAAUGCAGCUGUCUUCCGCACGCAAGAAACAUUGGAAGAAGGUUGUCAGUUGAUCGACAAGGCAUGGGAAAGUUUCGAGGAUGUCCAGGUUAAAGAUCGGAGUUUAAUAUGGAACUCUGAUCUGAUAGAGACAAUAGAACUGGAGAACCUAUUGAUAAACGCUUCAAUAACAAUGCAUUCAGCGGAAGCACGAAAGGAAAGCAGAGGAGCACAUGCUCGGGAAGAUUUCACGAAAAGAGAGGAUGGAGAAUGGAUGAAGCAUACAUUGGGGUAUUGGGAAGACGAGAAAGUGAGGUUGGAGUAUAGGCCUGUUCACAUGGACACUCUCGACGAUGAGAUUGACACUUUCCCUCCCAAAGCUCGCGUCUACUGAUUUCCUUCCCCCCACAAACAAACAAGCAAGCAGCAGCAGCGAUAUGCUUGUUAUUUUUAUUGUGUCGACUGAAUAAUAAUAAUACCAGGAGGAUAAGAGAGAAGGGGAUUAGGAGAAAUGGACACAAAAAAAGGAGUUUUUGCUAUUUAUUAUUGUGAUGAGAGAAAGCUCAUGUUUUGGAGGACAAAAACAGCUUUCGUCGUCUUCAUCUUGUUUUUUUACAUUUGACACCAGAAAGGGUGUGUAAUAAAAUGGUAAAAGACCGUUAAAAUGUGUUCUGUAUUCCCUUUUAACCAGUU